CUUGUCUCUUUAAUUUAAAACUCCCUAGCAAUUACUUAUGAAUCGAACCUUCUUUCAUGAAGCCAGCGCUGGUCGCAUGGCAGAAUAUACCACUGGGGCCUCAUAAGAUUAUAUUGCCUGGUGAUGUUGUAGCUGUCUCAGGUUGUAUAGGUAAGUAUGCUCAGUUUUGUUUGCACAGAGAUGAAAUUGCCUGAUUGAUUUUUGGAGAACAUAGUCCUGUUGUUAAGCAAUUCAUGAUUGUGUAUGUGUAAUAUAUAAAGAUGGUGUUUCUAAGUUAGCAAGAAGAUUUAAGUACUAUCCAAUUGCCGGGUUUCUGUUCUCGCGACUAAAAGGCUCAGGGGUCACUCCAGUUGAACUGGGCUAACUGGACUGUGCAAAAUAACCACACAAGAGACACAAAUACCUUUUUCUUUGGGGUCGCUAUGACGGCUCCUCUGACCUUAAGGGUCCACAGAAAGAGAGAGAGCGAGAGCAUGCACUGAUCUCUUUUAUUGAGGAGAAGCUAUUCAAAUGAGGCAAGGGGUCAGGUUUCAGGGGGCUGAGUAUCUUCAUGAUGUCCACCGUCAGCAGGUUGACUGACACCUGGGUAGGCCACACCCAAGGGCAUAGUAAGAGAAGGGGACACACACAAGGCACUUCCAUGGAAGAUUCUAUCCUAUACAGGGCAAGGGGUUAUAUUACAAAGGAAAUAGCUUCACCCAUGGGGCUGUAGCAAGACACACCCAUGCACGAGACACCGACCCUCAGGCCCAAGAAGUGUGGGAAAGCUCUGCCACAUCUCUGCAACUGAGCGCCUCAACACCCAGCCGGGGAGUGUGACCCAGUCACAUAUAAGGAGUCGCUGACGCUGGAGGAUGUGACCGUGAAGUUCACCUGGGAGGAAUGGCAGCUCCUGGCCCCUGCUCAGAAGGACCUGUAUUGGGACGUGAUGUUGGAGAACUGCAGGAACCUGGUGUCCGUGGGGUGUCAAGCCAGCAAGCCUGAUGCCCUCUCCAAGUUGCUAGGAGGAGAACCGAGGACAGUGGAAGAUGCAAUCCAUGAGGCAAACAGUCCAGAAAUCUGGGAAAUUGAUGAUCAUCUACCAAAACUCUUACAGAGUGAAAGCAAGGUGAACAGGAUGGUACAGUGGCAUGAACACAGUGCCUUUGAAAAUUCUGUUCAUCAACACAGACCUCAGUUUCUACUAAGGCAAAAGCAUGGUAUAUUUAACUUACAUGAAAAAAGUAUGAAACCAAACUUACCUUUGGUUGACCAGAGCAGACACUGUGAAAUAAAGAACUCUGCUGAGAUUUCUAGAAAUGGGGAAUCCUUUCUCCAUGUUUCUUGUGAACAAUUUCAUACUGAAAUUAAAUUCCCUGCAAAUGGAAAACUCAUCAGCACUAAAUCUCAGUUCACUUGUCCCAAGCCUCAGAAUACUCAAAAAGUAGAGAAACCUCAUGUAUGCAGCGACUGUGGGAAAGCCUUCAUCAAGAAGUCUUGGCUGACUGAUCACCAGAUCAUCCACACUGGUGAGAAGCCCCAUAGAUGUCAUCUGUGUGGGAAAGCCUUCUCCAGGAAGUUCAUGCUCACAGAACACCACAGAACCCACACAGGUGAGAAACCUUACACAUGCACCGAGUGUGGCAAAGCCUUUCUCAAGAAAUCACGGCUCAACAUCCACCAGAAGACUCAUACUGGAGAGAAGCCCUAUAUAUGCAGCGACUGUGGAAAGGGCUUCAUCCAGAAAGGAAACCUCAUCGUUCAUCAGCGAAUUCACACAGGUGAGAAGCCUUACACAUGCGGUGAGUGUGGGAAAGGCUUCAUCCAGAAGACCUGCCUCAUAGCUCAUCAGAGAUUUCACACAGGGAAGACUCCCUUUGUGUGCAGCGAAUGUGGAAAGUCCUGUUCGCAGAGGUCGGGGCUCAUCAAGCAUCAAAGAAUUCACACGGGAGAGAAGCCCUUUAAAUGCAGCGAGUGUGGGAAAGCCUUCACCACAAGGCAAAAGCUCAUUGUCCAUCAAAGAACUCACACAGGAGAGAGGCCCUAUGGCUGCAGCGAGUGUGGGAAGGCUUUUGCAUACAUGUCUUGUCUGGUUAAGCACAAGAGAAUACACACAAGGGGAGAACAGGGAGAUUCAGGCAAGGUGGAAGACCCCGCAGACGGAGACAGCUCACUGCAUACCUGUGAUGGCCACCAGGAGAAGAGCCCUGUUAGCAACGUGACUACUCAGGUGCCUUCUGAGGCCCCUCAGACAGCAGUGAACGUCAGUGGGCUCCUCACUAACAGAAAUUUGGUCUUUGUGGGACAGCCAGUGGCCAGAUGUACACCCUCAGGGGACAGCAUGGAAUUCACACAGGAGAGAAACCUCACAAAUGCGGUGAACAUGGUUGUGCCCCCAGUGAUAAAUUACGUAUUAUUUUAUGUCACAGAAAACCCAUAGGGAGAGGCUCAGAUUCAGUCUAUGUGGGAAAGGAUUGAGCGGAAAUUUCUAGUUCACUAAAUGGCUGAAAGUAUACACAGAGAGCAACUAUAAAAUGCAAAGCUGGGAAAGGGUGGUAGAUUCAUCCUUCCUAAAUGCUGUUUUGUUACAGAGGCACAGUGUGAUGAUAACCACUCAGACACGUAGGUACCAACUCUGUUUUGUCAAUUAAAUGAGUGAAGGACGACUGAGUUCAUUUAAAUGGAGAAAAUAAGUACAGAAAUGUUUAAAUCAACAUCUCGAAUGUUUCCAUGAGUGAAAAAUCAUAAGAGAUGGUUGAAGGAAAAGGGUUAAAAUUGAUGUAGGACACACACAUCAUCUCACUUUCCCCUGACCAAUGUGAAGGAGUAACUGAAAACCAGAAAGUACAUGAAACUUGUAGAACUUCUACAGAGGGACCUGUGAAGUGUCAGCCUUCCCGUGAGUUAAUGUGUUCACCUAGCAGGUAUUUGACUCAUGCUUCCUUUGUACCUGGACCUGUCCUGGGAACUGAGGUUACAGAGGCAAAAAAAACAAAACGUUUUGUCCCCGGGAGGAGCACUGUGGUAGUUGGGUCAUCCUUAAGAGGUAUCUUCACACUCCAGCUGGUCUAGUCAGAGAAUGGGAACAUCUGCAUAGGUGACAUGGACAUGAUUCAACUGAUGCAAGGGGACACGAUGGCUUAUAGCUCAAAGAGCAACUCACUUUUAGGGAUGAGAUGGACUACUUUUUAAAAUGUAGUUUUUGUUAGGGCAUUAUAAUUAUAUAUAGUAUUUAUAAUUAUACAUAGCUGCUUUAUAUAAUUUUGAUCAGUACUUUCUAUAUAUACAUGAAGGUGAAAUUUUCCUUGGUACCUUUUUAAAAAAAUUUUUUUUUAGUUGUCAGUGGACCUUUAUUUUAUUAUUUAUAUGUGGUGCUGAGAAUCAACCCCAGUGCCUCACAUAUGCUAGGCAAGCGCUCUACCACUGAGCCACAACCCAGGCUCCUGGUACAUUAAAAAAUAUUAAUAAUUUUUA